GGGAUGGCGGAGCAGAGAGAAGGACCCUGGUGCAAGGGCUCUGCAAAGACAUCGAGCCAGACCCUCACCCUCCUCUUCCUCGCACGAGAAGGCUGUUUCCCAGUGUUGGGGUACCUCCACGUGCCCUCUGGGGGCACAGUGAGCUGCCCCCCUAGCCGUGCCCGCAGCAUGCCGGGGUGGGCUGGCAGCCCUGGCACCAGGUUUGCCGUCACUUCUGCUUUCGGGGUGGCACAAGCUCCAGCGCGCAGCUCGGCAGAGACACCGGUGGGGCCGAGCCGGGCGGGGGGCUCCCAGGGAGCACCGCGCACACCGGCGAGGGGCAGAAAGCCCCUUUUUGGGGUACACCCCACAUCCCAGCCAGCCACAGUGGUGGGGGCACGCAGCCCCCAGCCCGUGGUGGCCCCACUCUUGGCGUGACGUCCUUCCCCCGCCGGGCUCUCUGAAACCACAGCCACUCUUCCGCGCCCGCCUUUCCUUCCCCGCCCGGGCGGGAGGCACAGGCGGAGGGCAGCCCACGACGCCCCUCGGCUUUCGGCAUUUGCCCAGCCCUGGGGCUGCCCUCAAGCCCCCGAGCCGGACCCUCGCUGGUGAUGCCUGCCAGCACUGCAGCUCGGGGUCCUGCAGCAUCCCCCGGCAGAGGUCCCAUGGCACCGGGCCAGGCCGUGCCGGUGAUGCUGGUGCUGGUGCUGAGCACCCUGUGGGUGUGCGAGGCCAUGCCACCGCCAGAGCCGGGGCAGCACCAUGGUGUGCACUGGGUCUGGGGGGCGGCCGGGCAGGCGCAGGCUGAGCCCCUGCCACUCUCCCGCAGGAAGAGGGUCGACGGUGGGCAGCAGCCCAGCGCCACCACCACCACGCCAGGGCACGGCCACGAUGCCUCCACGAUGCUCAGCAGCAACACGAGUGAUUCCCCUGAGGCCGACCUGCUGCUGAGCUCUGCCCCAGCACCAGCACCCAGCACCAACGCCAGCCUGCAGCAGGCACUCGUGGUGCCGACCACAGCCGAUCCGCAGGAUGAGACCGAUUCCCCUGAUCCUGACCUGCUGCUGGGCUCCACACCACCACCCAGCACCAACGCCAGCCUGCAGCAGGCACUCACAGCACCCACCACAGCCGAUCCGCAGGAUGAGACCGAUUCCCCUGAUCCCGACCUGCUGCUGGGCUCCACACCACCACCAGCACCCAGCACCAACGCCAGCCUGCAGCAGGCACUCACAGCACCCACCACAGCUGAUCUGCAGGAUGAGACCGAUUCCCCUGAUCCCGACCUGCUGCAGGGCUCUGAGCCCGCAGAGCCCAGCACACAGGCAGCACCCCAAAAGAGCAUCACCACCGUCCCCAGCUGGCUCACAUCACCUGGUGAGGAGAAGAUGGUGGCCAACAGCACGGACAGCAGCUCAGUGACCCCCCCAGCCCUCGACCCCACCACCACGGGUUACAAGAAAGUCAGGAAAGCUGGAGCUCCCCCUGCGACAACUGGUUUGGCCCCGGGGGUCACACAGCCUCAGGGGACCACGGCGCCACUCCCCUGGGACCCCAGCAGGGUGAUGGGCAAGUGCCUGCUGGCCAUCCUGCUGCUGGCACUGGUGGCCGCCACCUUCAUGGUGUGCACAGGGGUGCUAGGCACCUUGCUCUGGCGCCGGGCACGGACGGGACACCGCCGGUUCAGCCGCACCGAGAUGAUCUGCAUCUCCUCCCUGCUGCCCGAUGGCGAGGUGGCCACCAACGGCCCCAAAGCCGGCCCAGCUCGGCGGCCGAAGCUGCUGCUCAAUGGCAGCUCCGAGGCUGACGGUGACAACCUGACUCUCAGCAGCUUCCUGCCAGAGCACUCCUGAGCCGCGGGGACUGGUCCUGCAUCCCGCAGGGACUGGUCCUGCAUCCCGCAGCAUCGCGGGGCUGUGGCCAUGGUGCCCGCUCCCUGGCGCUGCCACACAUGGAGCCACGAGCAGGCUCCCCAUCCCCUUGGGUCGGUGUUUUCACUUGGACCAGCGUGAUGGGGAGCUGCUUUCCCCCAGGGUGAGCUCAGCCCUUGCGGCCGACCCCAUUAAAGCGCUAUCUGGA